CUCACGCUUCUCAUUGUCAACAUUUUUUUUUGUCAUUUUCACUGUCGGUUUGGUUUUAUAAAUAAUUUUUUGGUACGCAGCUGUUUUCAAGAAAUUUCGGAACUGAUUUCAAAGAACGACAUUUCGAUUUUCAGGCGAAAAAAAUGUCAUUGCGAUCCAGCAUGGAAGCGAUUAAUUCAAUUUUCGAAGUCAAGGAUGCAGCAAAACCACACGAUUUUUGUGUCCAUGUAAGAAUCAUCGAAGGAAGUCAAUUUGCCGGAAUAAAUGCGGAUCCUGUAAGAGUUUGCGUUCAAAUCGGAAGGAACAAAAAGUACACUCAAGAAAUAGGAAACACAAUUUGUCCGGUCUAUAAAGAAGAUUUCAGAUUCAAUUUCAACGAUAAGCCAGCCGCUGAGUUCUUAGAUGAAAUGAUAACAUUGACGGUUUUGCAUGUUAAAACACAAAUGCUUCGUAUGAAGAAGACUGAAACUACAAUAGGCACAUACAAAGUAAAUCUGAGAACUGUGUAUGACGAACCAGAUCAUCAAUUCAUUGACAAAAUUUGUGAAUUAAGAGACCCACACCACAUUGGCGGAAGUUGUAAAGGUACUGUGAAAUGUGAUUUCCGUAUAACCUGCCAGGGAAACAACGCAAUAACGCCAUCCAUACCCACAGUGAUCACAACUGAAUACGAUGAGGUCGACAGGAUUUCACCAAAAUCAGACGAGGAACGUAAGAGAGAAAAGCAAAAAGUUCGCUUGAUUGUGAAAAUUUACAGAGCAGAUGGUCUUCCAAAAAUGACUCGCUCAGUUGGAACGUACGUUAAAGAAAAUUUCGCCGGAGAGUCAAAAAAAGAUUUCGUUAAUCCUUACGUUGAAGUCUCUUUCGCUGGAUUAGAAGGCAAAACAAAAGUGAUACCACAUAAUUGUGCUCCAGUGUGGAAUGAACAAAUUGUUUUCCAUGAAAUGUUUUCGUCUUUAUUCCAAAGAAUCAAGAUACAACUGAAAGAGAGAGAUAAUGAUAUAGUACACAGUAACAUUAUCGGUACACAUUUCAUCGAUCUUAAAAUAAUAUCACGCGCUGGAAACGGAGGCGAGUAUAGAAUUUUACGCAAUAUUACACAGGAUUACCAACGUUCGGCCCUGCUUUCAUUCAUUUGUACGGUUCGACCAGAGAAUUUGGCGAAGGUGUUGGGUAUAGGGGUCGGUUACUCGUGGAAAUUGAAACCAAUAUUUUGGAGGCUUUUGAUGAUGCCCCCACAGAAGUACAAAUAUCACGCGCGUGUACAAUAA